UGUAAUUCCGCUGUUAUUCAUGUUAAAUGUUCUGUCUGUUCUCCCAGAGCCGCCGGUUCCCAUCGCUCCUCCUCAGCUCAUGGCAGUCGGGGCCACAUAUCUCUGGAUCCAGCUCAAUGCGAACUCCAUCAACGGAGACGGGCCCAUCAUCAACCGCGAGGUGGAGUACCGCACCGUCUCCGGCACCAUGUACGACCUGCAGCCCGUCGAUAAAACCUCGCACAAGAUUGGCCAUCUGGACCCCGACACGGAGUACGAGAUCAGCGUGCUGCUGACGCGGCCCCUGGAGGGAGGAACCGGGGCCCCAGGGCCGCCGCUGAGAGCCCGCACCAAAUGCGCAGAGCCCAUGCAUGACCCGCAGCAGCUGAAGGUGGUGGACAUCAAGGCUCGUCAGGUGACGCUUCGCUGGGAGCCGCUGGGCUACAACGUGACACGCUGCCACAACUACAGCCUGAUGGUGCAGUACCGCGCCAGAGGAGGAGGCAAGGAGGAGAGCAGGGAGGAGGCGGCACACGGCAGCCAGCACACCAUCCACAACCUCUCGCCCUUCACCAACCUCAGCGUCAGGAUGCUGCUGCGCAACCGCGAGGGAGUCAAAGAGAGCCCCGAGAUCCACGUCCAGACCGAAGAAGACGUGCCGGGGGAAGUUCCUCUGGAUUCGAUCCAGGCCAGUGUUUACGAGAACAAGAUCCUGCUGAAGUGGAGAGAACCGGCGCAGACCUUCGGAAUCAUCACUCAGUAUGAGAUCUCGUAUAAAGCCGUCAGCUCCUUCGACCCGGUGCUGGAUCUCUCUAACCAGAGCGGGAAGGUGGUUAAACUGGGCAAUGAAACCAGCCACGUGUUUCUGGGUCUCUACCCCGGCUCCACGUACUCCUUCACCAUCAGAGCCAGCACCGCCAAGGGCUUCGGACCGCCCGCCAUCACCCAGGCCACCACCAUGAUCUCAGCUCCGUCGAUGCCGGCGUACGAUCAGGAGACUCCUCUGAACCAGACGGAUAGCACGGUGACGGUGGUGCUUAAACCGGCUCAGAGCCGAGGCGCUCCUGUCAGUGUGUAUCAGGUGGUUGUUGAGGAGGAGCGUCCUCGAAGGGCUCGUGGAGGUGAAGCGGAGAUCCUGCGCUGUUAUCCGCUGCCGGUUCACUAUCAUAACGCCAGCGGGCUGAACUCUCAGUACUACUACAGCGCUGAGUUCCCCUCCGCAGGCGUCUCAUCUCCGCAGACGUUCACCGUCGGAGACAACCGGACCUACGGCGGAUACUGGAACGCCCCGCUGCUGCCACACAAGAGCUACAGCAUCUACUAUCAGGCCGUCAGCGCCGCCAACGGGGAGACAAAAAUCGACUGUGUCCGUGUCGCUACCAAAGCUGCUAUCUUGGUGACGCAGCUCACCACUCCUUACGUUCGCAUCGCUCCGGCCGCUGGAGACAAUCAGCUAACAGGCGCGGCGACGCACAAACCCAACGCAGUGGAGCCGGAGAAACAGACUGACCACACGGUGAAGAUCGCCGGCGUCAUCGCAGGAAUACUGCUCUUCGUCAUCAUCUUCCUCGGCGUGGUGCUGCUCAUGAAGAAACGGAGAACCUAUCAGUCCUACACUUACUACCUAAAGCUGGCGAAGAAGCGCAAGGAGACGCUGAACAGCACGAGACAGGAGAUGACGGUGAUGGUGAACUCAAUGGACAAGAGCUACACGGAGCAGGGAACCAACUGUGAUGAAGCGCUUUCAUUCAUGGACACACACAACCUCAACGGACGCUCCGGAUCUUCUCCGUGUUCUGUGACGGUGAAGACGAACACGAUGAGCAGCAGCAUCCCGAACACGUAUUACCCAGACCCCUUCGUUCCCACCGCGAUCUUAGUCCCCAUUAAUGACGAGACUCAAACCCUGACCAGUGACACCAGCAGCCUGGUGCAGUCACACACACACACACACUCGUCGCACACACACUCGCUGCGCAAGCGUGAGGCCGUGGACGUGCCGUACCACACGGGCCAGCUGCAUCCCGCCAUCCGCGUGGCCGACCUUCUGCAGCACAUCACGCAGAUGAAAUGUGCCGAGGGCUACGGCUUCAAAGAGGAGUACGAGAUCAAUGAGAGCUUCUUCGAGGGUCAGUCUGCCCCCUGGGAUUCAGCCAAGAAAGACGAGAACCGCAUGAAGAACCGUUAUGGAAACAUCAUCGCUUAUGAUCACUCGCGUGUGCGGCUGCAGAAUCUGGACGGAGAGCAGAACUCUGAUUACAUUAAUGCUAAUUACGUUGAUGGCUAUCACAGGCCGAAUCAUUACAUCGCUACACAAGGACCGAUGCAGGAGACCGCCAUCGACUUCUGGAGGAUGGUGUGGCAGGAGAACACGGCAACCAUCGUCAUGGUGACCAACCUGGUGGAAGUUGGCAGGGUGAAGUGCUGUAAGUACUGGCCAGACGACACCGAGAUCUACAGAGACAUCAAGGUGACGCUGAUCGAGACGCAGCUUUUGUCCGAGUACGUCAUCAGAACGUUUGCGGUGGAGAAGCGAGGAGCUCACGAGAUCCGUGAGAUCAGUCAGUUUCAUUUCACCGGUUGGCCGGAUCACGGCGUUCCGUAUCACGCCACGGGUCUGCUGGGAUUUGUGCGGCGGGUCAAAGCCAAAUCCCCCCCCAACGCCGGACCCAUCGCGGUCCACUGCAGCGCGGGGGCGGGCCGAACAGGCUGCUUCAUCGUGAUUGACAUCAUGCUGGACAUGGCGGAGCGGGAAGGAGUCGUCGACAUCUAUAACUGCGUGAGAGAGCUGCGGUCGCGCAGAGUCAACAUGGUGCAGACCGAGGAGCAGUAUGUCUUCAUUCAUGACGCCAUCUUGGAGGCGUGUCUCUGCGGCGACACCACCAUCCCAGCCAAUCAGCUUCGCUCGGUUUACUACGACAUGAACCGAUUGGAUCCUCAGACCAACUCCAGUCCAAUCAAAGAGGAGUUCAGGACGCUGAACAUGGUGACUCCGACGCUGCGUGUGGAGGACUGUAGCAUCGCUCUGCUGCCGCGGAACCACGAGAAGAACCGCUGCAUGGAUGUGCUUCCUCCGGACCGCUGCCUGCCCUUCCUCAUCACCAUCGACGGAGAGAGCAGCAACUACAUCAACGCCGCGCUCAUGGACAGCUACAAGCAGCCGUCUGCGUUCAUCGUUACCCAGCAUCCUUUGCCAAACACAGUGAAGGACUUCUGGCGUCUGGUUCUGGACUAUCACUGCACAUCUAUCGUGAUGCUGAACGAUGUGGAUCCGGCGCAGCUGUGUCCGCAGUACUGGCCGGAGAACGGUGUUCAUCGUCACGGGCCGCUGCAGGUGGAGUUUGUGUCGGCGGAUCUGGAGGAGGACAUCAUCAGCAGGAUCUUCCGCAUCUACAACGCUGCGCGGCCACAGGACGGGUACCGGAUGGUGCAGCAGUUCCAGUUUCUGGGCUGGCCGAUGUACCGCGACACACCCGUCUCCAAACGCUCCUUCCUCAAACUUAUCCAUCAGGUGGACAAAUGGCAGGAGGAGUAUGACGGAGGAGAGGGACGCACCGUUGUACACUGCCUGAACGGCGGCGGUCGCAGCGGGACGUUUUGUGCCAUCAGCAUCGUGAGUGAAAUGCUGCGGCAUCAGCGCUCGGUCGAUGUGUUUCACGCCGUCAAAACCCUGCGCAACAACAAGCCCAACAUGGUGGAUCUGCUGGAUCAGUACAAGUUCUGCUAUGAAGUGGCUUUAGAGUAUCUGAACUCAGGCUAACGGACCGACGCUCCAUGUGUGUGUGUGUGUGUGUGUGUGUGUGUGUGUG